AAUUCACCACACCCCAUCUUCAUAAAACCCACAGAAUUCACCAUCUUUUUUUUGUUGCUGAUAUAUUUUUAUUAUAAUUUCAGCUGUAAUAGAGAAGAGAGGUGACUCCUCUUUUUUCCUUUUUUUUUAGUUCUUUCAGAAAAGAAAGAAAGAUGCUUGGUGGUCUAAUGACUACUACUUCAGCAGGUGGUGGAGGUGCGGCCAGUAUUUCAGCACCACCACCACCACCACCACCACAAGAAGCUCCGGAAAGUGGCGGAAGUAGUGAAGGUGGCGGUGGUGGUGAUGUGGCAGCUGCAGGUGGCUUUAGUGAAGAAGGAGAAAGAAAUUCAGGUGGAAACCGAUGGCCAAGACAAGAAACUUUAGCUUUACUGAGAAUUAGGUCGGAGAUGGAUGUUGUUUUCAGGGAUUCAAGUCUAAAAGGACCCUUGUGGGAAGAAGUCUCCAGGAAAUUGGCUGACCUUGGUUAUCAUAGAAGUGGCAAGAAAUGUAAAGAGAAAUUCGAGAAUGUUUACAAGUAUCACAGGAGAACUAAAGAUGGUCGUGCUUCUAAAGCAGAUGGCAAAACUUAUCGCUUCUUUGAUCAGUUAGCCGCUUUCGAAAACACUCCAUCUCACACUUGUUUACCACCACCACCACCUCCAUUGGCAGCUACUCCAUUAACAAUGGCAAUGCCAAUGCCAGUGCGACGACCAAAUUCUUCUGCAAAUCCUCCAAUUCCAAUGUCACAAAACACAUUCACUGUAUCUCAGAAUAACGCAGCAGCACCCACUGUUAAUCAUCCCUUGAACGCGUCCUCGCUGCCACCAACACAGCCGAUAAUUACAACAGUGAACCAGAUAAAUCGGCCUCAAGGUAACACCAGCAGCUUGCUGUCAAAUUCGACAUCUUCUUCAUCAACUUCGUCAGAUGAGGAUAUACAAAAGCGGCACGGGAAGAAGAGGAAAUGGAAGGAUUUCUUCGAGAGGUUGACGAAGGAUGUCAUUGAAAAGCAAGAGGAAUUGCAAAACAACUUCUUGGAAACACUUGAGAAGCGGGAGAGGGAAAGGAUGGUCAGAGAGGAGACUUGGAGAGUACAAGAGAUGACCAGAAUGAAUCGCGAACAUGAUCUUUUAGUCCAAGAAAGAUCAAUGGCAGCCGCCAAAGAUGCAACCAUCAUUGCCUUCUUGCAAAAAAUUACCGAACAGAAAAACACACCAAUCCCGAAUAUUACUAAUGCUUCUCUAGCUCAAAUACAGUUUCAAUUGUCCGAAAAGUCCCCGAGUGUGCCACCACAUUCCCAGCCACAAAAACAAACACAACAACCACCAGCACCACCAACAACAAUACCAGCACCAGCGACAACACCAGCACCAGCUACUGCGGUAUCACUACCGAUGGCAAUACAUGCCCAAGUACAAACACAAGCACCGUCAUUACCCUUUGAAGCGCCAAAAACUGAUAAUGGUGGCGAGAAUUUGAGUCCAGCAAGCUCUUCAAGAUGGCCAAAAGAAGAAAUUGAAGCUUUGAUUAGGCUUCGGACUAGCCUAGAUCUGAAGUACCAAGAUAAUGGACCAAAAGGGCCACUGUGGGAGGAAAUUUCAGCUGGUAUGCGAAAACUUGGAUACAACAGAAAUGCCAAGAGAUGCAAAGAGAAAUGGGAGAACAUCAACAAGUACUUCAAGAAGGUUAAGGAAAGCAACAAGAAAAGACCAGAAGAUUCCAAAACAUGCCCAUAUUUCCACCAGCUGGAGGCAUUGUACAAGGAAAAAGCCAAGAACGAAGUUGUACCAAAUACUGGCACCGGGUUUGGAUUAAAACCCGAAAACAAUAACCCAAUGGUUCCCAUUAUGGCUGAGCCGGAGCAACAAUGGCCAUUUCCUUCAAAUCAACCACAGCAGCAGCAACAACAACAACAACAAGGAAUCAUGAGUAAUAUUAUUCAAGAUCACGAUAAUGAAAGCGACAGCAUGGAAGAAGAUGAUUACGACGAUGAUGAAGAUGAAGGAAAUGCUUAUGAGAUAGUGACAAACAAACAACCAUCAUCAAUGGCGGCUGCCACGGCCACUGCUGCUACUACUGCAGUUUGAAUAAUUACGAAAACAAGAAAGGAUAACAAAUAUAGAGAGAGAGAGAGAGAAAAGCAGCAGUAGUAUUAUGGAGUUAAAAAAUGUUGGCAAGUGACUGUGCAUUGGGAAUGGUAAGUGGGUCAACAGAUUUUGCAGAAAUUUGGCGUAUUUAGAAAUUGCUGUUGGCGAGAGAAGACGGUGGCUGCAGUGAAAAUAUCAUCUGGAAAUGCAAAGGCAUGUAAUUUACACAUUUGGGGUUUUACAUAUUUUCAUUUUUCUUUUUUACUUUUGGUCCGUAAGGGGUAUAGUUUUUGUGGUACAAGUUUAUUUCAUUUUCAUUAUUUAUUUAUUAUUUGAGAAAUAAAGUUUAUUGAGGGAUGGGCGGAAAGAGAAGUGAGACAUAAAGGAAUAAAUGCAGGGAUAGUGUUUGUACUUUUUUUUCUUCAUUCUUAUUUUGUUCAUGGUUGUAAAUGUGAGAAAAUGGUUACUACAUUUAUAAUUUU